AGGCAAAACAAAAAGAGACGCUCAGAAGUUCACUAAUAUCGGAAGUACUUCGCGGUAUGCAGCCGUCUGCAAGGGUCUACUGUAACCGAAUCAGUUUGGUCCUGGACAUUCUUCCUCUUCUGUCCAUCAUCAUCCUGCCACCGUUCAGACCAGUCAGUCUCCAUUUGUACACCAAAGACGAGAAAGAGAGUAUGCUGAAGGUGGUCAAUGUGAUGAUUGACUAUAACCUCAAUUACGUGCAAGAGAGGACGCAAGAUGGGGUCUACGUGUACAAUCUAGAACCAAAUAUUGAGGAACUGGUUGUUUUCGACAAUCAGAAUAAAAGAAGGGCCCUAUCGUAUUCCAAUAAGCAACUGAUCUCACGAGAGAUUGAGUUGGAAAAACUUAGGCGUUGUGAGACUGCCAAAGCCGGAGAUCCGGCUAAACCAAAAAUGACAGAUCGAAGUGAAAAGCGAGAAAAGCAGACAAAGGAUGGUGAAAAUCAGCUGCCCAACCAUCUGCAAAAACUGCAAGUAAAGAAGGUUGAUGUUUCCAAAACGGUAAGUGUAUUUUUGCUGAUAUUUGUAUUAUAUUCACUGUGA